CCCACACUACUAAACCUUUUUUUUUUUUUUUAUUUGAGGGGAGCUUUUAUUUUAGAGGCGGUGCUUGUUGGCUCCGAAGUGGUGUCGUAACUCCCAGAGUCCCCGUGAAAAGAGUUUGUCCAGGGCCGGAGUUGCUGGUGCAAAGAGGGGGGGUUGCCUUGCCUAUAGAGCCGUUCCGAGGGGGGUAACUACCGCCUUUUGUCCCUCCUUAUACAUCUUUUUUUUCUACAUUUAUUUUUAUUUUUAUUUUUUUUAAACAUUAUCCAUCCUUCGCCCGGAGAUUUCAUUCCCUUUCUCCUCAUUUUAAGACCAUGAACAAACUAUAUGUCGGGAAUUUAAGUCCUUCGGUGACAGUGGAGGACUUGCAGCAGCUCUUCGGGGAGAGGAAGCUGCCUGUGGCCGAGCAGGUCCUCCUCAAAACCGGCUAUGCCUUUGUGGACUUCCCGGACCAGAACUGGGCCGUGAAGGCAAUAGAGACUCUUUCUGGUAAAGUGGAAUUGCACGGGAAGGUGAUAGAAGUGGACUACUCCGUUCCCAAAAAACUAAGGAGUCGGAAGAUCCAGAUCCGGAACAUUCCCCCUCAUCUACAGUGGGAGGAUUUUGACGGCCUUCUUGCUCAAUAUGGUACUGUAGAGAACGUGGAACAAGUCAACACUGACACAGAAACGGCGGUGGUGAAUGUCACGUACGCAACAAAGGAGGAAGCUAAAGAAGCCAUUGAAAAGUUGACAGGCCAGCAGUGUGAAGACUACUCCUUAAAGGUGUCCUACAUCAUGGACUCAGAGGCCGCGCCUCCCGCCCAGGCUCCCCGAAGUCGACGUGGCGUAGGCGGCGGCGGCCGAUUGUGGCGGGACCAGGGACCCCCUCAGCCAGGGCCCUCCGGAGGCUUCGAUGGCCCUCGUCCUCGCCAGCAACACGAUUUCCCCCUGCGAAUGCUGGUGCCCACCCAGUUUGUGGGCGCCAUCAUCGGCAAGGAAGGACUCACCAUCAAGAAUGUCACCAAGCAGACACAGUCCAAAGUUGACAUCCAUCGGAAGGAAAAUGCAGGAGCGGCGGAGAAGCCCAUCACCAUCCACUCCUCCCCCGAAGGCUGCUCCUCGGCCUGUCGCAUGAUCCUGGACAUCAUGCAGAAGGAAGCCAACGAGACCAAGACGACGGAGGACAUCCCUCUCAAAAUCCUGGCCCACAACAGCCUGGUGGGCCGCCUCAUUGGGAAGGAGGGCCGUAAUCUGAAGAAGAUCGAGGAGGAGACCGGGACCAAGAUAACCAUCUCCUCGUUACAGGACUUAACCAUUUACAACCCAGAGAGGACCAUCACGGUGAAGGGGAGCUUGGAGGCCUGUUGUAAAGCGGAGGCGGAGAUCAUGAAGAAACUGAGGGAAGCUUACGAGAACGACAUUGCUGCUGUCAACCAACAAGCCAACCUCAUACCUGGCUUGAACCUCAACGCCCUGGGCAUCUUCUCCUCUGGUGUGCCUGUGGGACCCCCUGCUGCUGCCGGACCCCGCGGCUCGGCCCCUCCCGCGGCACAGGCGGGAUACAACCCUUUCUUAAGUCACUCUUCACAUCUCAGCGGUCUGUACGGGGUCCCUCCAGCAAGUGCCGGCCCCCACCAGCACUCGGCUCCAGAACAGGAGGUGGUCUACCUCUUUAUUCCAACUCAGGCGGUGGGAGCUCUUAUAGGCAAGAAGGGUCAGCACAUCAAGCAGCUCGCCCACUUCGCCGGAGCCUCCAUCAAGAUCGCUCCGGCUGAGAGCCCGGAAGUGACUGAGAGGAUGGUGAUCAUUACUGGAACCCCGGAGGCUCAGUUUAAGGCCCAAGGUCGGAUAUUUGGGAAGCUGAAAGAGGAGAACUUCUUCACGGCCAAAGAGGAAGUCAAACUCGAAACACACAUCAAGGUUCCUUCAAGUGCAGCCGGCAGGGUCAUCGGGAAAGGAGGCAAGACGGUGAAUGAGCUUCAGAACCUGACGAGCGCUGAGGUCAUCGUACCGCGGGACCAAACCCCAGACGAGAACGAUGAGGUGUUUGUGAAGAUCAGUGGGCAUUUCUUCGCCAGCCAGACUGCACAGAGGAAGAUCCGGGAGAUCAUCCAGCAGGUUAAACAGCAGGAACAGAAGCACCAGCGAGGCGCCGCCGGGUCACCGCAACAAUCCAAGACGGCGCCGGCGGUCGCCACCCAAUGAAUGUAGCCCCUCCCGAACGGACAGAGACCUCUACCCAGACUUAAAAGGCCACGGCCCAAGUCGGGACCUGCAGGGCGAGACCAGCAGCAAGCAGCAGUGCCGGGGGAACAAAAAAAACAACCAAAGAAGUUGACUAAGGAGGAGUGGGCGAGUGAGAGCCAAAGGCUUGUGAGCACUGUGUGCACUGCCAGCCCUGCCACGCCACAGCGAGGAGGAUACUGAUGUUGCAAGGUAAAGAAGGAGGAGCGAGCACCUGCGUAAUGUUCCCUUGAAGUGGGAUUAACAUAGAGCUAACGUGAAUGACACUGUACUAGUGCCUGCUUAGAACACCGGCCAGGUGAACCAGCCUGAGCAGUAUUAGUACAGGUAGAAGACUAUAUUGACAUCUGCAGAAAAAGGCAAAAAUAUAAAAGCAGUUCCCCUA